AUGUAUCUGCGACGAUAUUUUCUAACAAUGAAAUCGAAAGCACUAUUUGAUACUAAGGUUUUAAAAGUAAACCCACUAUCAAUUCGUUUCUCUCCGACUGCACAUAUAGAUGGAUCCUUGCCGAUAAUAAGUGACCCUGAAACAGAGGCAGCAUUACUAGAGGCAGCGAGGAUUAUAAGAGACACAGAUGAAACAGUGGCCUUUCCUACCGAGACUGUCUAUGGGCUUGGAGGCUCUGCGUUGAACGACAAUUCCGUGCUUAGUAUAUAUAAAGCCAAGAAUAGACCUAGCGACAAUCCUUUGAUCACACACGUUUCAUCAAUUGAUCAACUUAAUAGGAAGAUCUUUAAUCAAACGCAUCUUUCAGACGCAUCUUUGUUUGACAACAUACCGGCAAUUUAUCGGCCUUUGAUUUCAAGUCUUUGGCCCGGUCCACUAACCAUUCUUUUGCCAGUAUCAUCCUCAGAUUGUAGCACGUUAUCUAAGUUAACCACCGCAGACCAACCUACGUUUGCGGUACGUAUACCUGCUAAUCCAGUGGCUAGAGCAUUAAUCGCUUUGAGUGAUACGCCAAUAGCUGCACCCUCAGCAAAUGCGUCUACUAGGCCAUCUCCGACUUUAGCAUCCCAUGUUUACCAUGACUUAAAGGAUAAAAUUCCCAUGAUUCUCGAUGGAGGAGCGUGCAAAGUUGGCGUAGAAAGUACCGUCGUCGAUGGUCUAUGCAAUCCUCCAAUGCUACUGCGACCUGGUGGUUUUACUUAUGAGGAAAUCACUAAACUAGGCGGUGAGGCUUGGUCUCACUGCAAGGUUGAGAAUAAAAAAACAGUCGAAGAAGGUGAAAGGGUAAGAACGCCCGGUAUGAAGUAUAGACAUUAUUCCCCUUCGGCUAAGGUUAUUUUGUUGAUUCCCUAUACUAAAGACAAUAUUAUCAAUGGAAAGGAGAAUAAGAUGCUGAUGCUGAAUAGAUUGAUUAAAACUGAGCUACAAGCCAAUAAAAAUAUACACAAAAUUGCUAUACUAACUUCCCUAAAAUUACAGGAUUCCAAUCUACAAUCCAGUAUCCUUAAUGACCCUGAUUUUUGCUCGACAACUUUCAUCAUCGAAAGACUUGGGCAAACAGGUGAAGAAAUACAAGCUAACCUUUUUGCUGCUUUGAGAAAGGUAGAUGAAACUGAUAACGUUGACUUGAUAUUUGUUGAGGGUAUAGGCGAGGAAGGAGAGGGGUUGGCUGUUAUGAAUAGAUUAAGAAAAGCAGCUGCAAAUAACUGCAUACAAUUUUAA